AUAUAUCUAGGUCUGUGUUUAAAAUAUUAAAAAAAUAGUACGAAAGUUACGGAUCUAAAUACGUACAUAAAAAUUCCGUGUUACCUCGGCCAUUUAAUCAUUAAUGGCAAUCAAACUAAUCUAGAUAAUCUGGCAUCAGUUUUAACAGAUUUAAAAUAAAGAAAAAACAUAACUGUAGCUGUUUCCAGUAGCAACAUCAUGGGAGUACCAAAAUUUUACAGAUGGAUUAGUGAACGAUAUCCUUGUUUAAGUGAAGUGGUUAAGGAAUUUCAGCUUCCAGACUUUGAUAAUCUUUACCUGGAUAUGAAUGGCAUCAUUCAUGUUUGCUCUCACCCAGAAGAUGAUAAUCCUCAUUUUCGUAUCACAGAAGAGAAAAUCUUUAAAGAUGUUUGCCAUUAUAUUGAUUUUUUGUUCCGUAUGAUCAAGCCCAGAAAAGUUUUUUACAUGGCUGUUGAUGGGGUUGCCCCUAGAGCUAAAAUGAACCAACAGAGAGGUCGUAGAUUCAGGUCAGCUAGGGAGGCAGAAAACCUGAUUUUAAAAGCACAGGAGAAAGGAGAAGUUCUACCGACAGAGAAGCGCUUUGAUUCUAAUUGCAUUACUCCAGGAACUCCAUUUAUGGUUAGGCUACAAGAACAUUUGAAAUAUUUUGUUGUUGAAAAGAUAACAGUAGAUCCACUCUGGCAAGGUCCAAAAGUGUAUUUAUCUGGCCAUGAGACCCCAGGAGAGGGGGAACACAAAAUAAUGGACUUUAUUCGGUACUCUAAAAGUCAGCCAGAUCAUGAUCCUGAGACUAGGCAUUGUUUAUAUGGUCUUGAUGCUGAUUUGAUAAUGUUGGGGUUAACCAGUCAUGAGCCACAUUUUUCAUUGCUGAGAGAAGAAGUCCGUUUUGGUGGAAGGCGAGACAAAAAUAAAAGACCAACCACACCAGAAGAGACAACCUUUCAUUUAUUACAUUUAUCGUUGAUGAGGGAUUACUUGGCAUAUGAGUUUUCUGGUUUGCAGAACAAGAUAUCCUUUCCUUGGAACCUUGAGAGUAUUAUUGAUGACUGGAUUUUAAUGGGAUUCUUAGUUGGCAAUGACUUUAUUCCUCACUUACCUCACCUCCAUAUACAUGCUGAUGCAUUGCCUUUGUUAUGGAAGACUUACAUGAAUGUUUUACCACAGCUUGAUGGUUAUUUGAAUGAAGGUGGUCAUCUAAAUUUACCCAGAUUUGAAAAAUAUAUGACAGAACUAGCAAAGUAUGACAUGGAGACCUUUGAAAGUGCCUUUAGUGACCUUCGUUACCUGGAAAGCAAACUUGGAGGCAAGAGUAUUAAUGAAAGUGCUGAUGUCACCACUCAUAAAAGAAAACUGAAACCUUUAAAACCUUUUAAAGUGAAAAAAGAUGGCAAUCCAUUUGUUGCUCUUGAAGAUGAAAGUGAUAAAAAUGUGCUUCUUGAUGAUCUCCCCUGGGAUGAUGAAGAGGACGAUGAGAGUGAUGAUGAUGAUGAAGAAGAGGAGGAUGCUUAUGAUGAUGAUGAAGAUGACUUUAAUACGGUCGGUGAUGAGUUUAAGCUACACAAGAGAGAUUACUACAUGAACAAAAUGUCCUACCAAGAAGUAACUCCAGAUAUUCUUCAAGACCAAGCCAGAGGCUAUGUUAUAGCUUUGCAGUGGAUUUUACUCUACUAUUUUGAAGGAUGCCCAUCAUGGAGCUGGUACUAUCCUCAUCAUUAUGCUCCCUACAUAAGUGAUGUCAAAGGAUUUAGUGACAUGAAAAUAACAUUGGAAUUAUCUAAACCUUUCCUGCCAUUCCAGCAGUUGAUGGCUGUGUUGCCAGCUGCCAGCAAAGAGCUUUUGCCUCCAGCCUAUCAAUUCUUGAUGACAGAUGAAGGUUCACCAAUUAUCGAUUUCUAUCCUGUCAAUUUUGAAACUGACCUGAAUGGCAAGCAGCAGGACUGGGAGGCUGUAGUCCUUAUACCAUUCAUUGAUGAAAAAAGAUUGUUAGAUGCCAUGGCCAGCAGAGAGCAACUUCUGACUAAAGAAGAAAAUGAUAGAAAUAUCCACGGACCACAUUUUUUGUAUUACUAUACCCCAGAGAACCAAGGGUUCUAUCCUUCAUCUCUUCCUGGAGUUUUCCCUGACCUUCAUGCAAGUAGAGCCAAAGUUGAAGAGCUUGAUAAAGAUUUAUUCCGCAUUAGUGCUGCAGUUUUGAGGAAAAGUCUACUGGACAAUGUCAAGGCUGAUACAUACUUUCCAGGGUUCCCUAGGCUGAAAUUCUUGCCUCACACACAUGAGCUGGCUAAAUGUAAUUGUAAAGUAUUCCAACACAACAGUAGAGGGGAGAAUAUGUUGCUCAGGAUCCAGCACAAGGAAGGAGUGGCACUAGAAGACAUAGCUGAUGAGCUUCUUGGCAAUGUCACCUAUGUAGGCUGGCCCCACCUUCAUGAAGCUAAAGUUGUUGCUGUUGCCAAUGAAAGCUAUCAAAUUGAACUAGUUGAAGAGUUGAACAACAAAGGCAAGAAAAAUUUGGUCUCUUUUAAAAGAAAAGCUUUGACAACAUCAGAGAGCACUGUGGUAGCUAGAGAAGCCUUGGCAAUCAAAGAGAGACACUAUGAUCGAUUUGCUAUUGAUGUUGGGAAUACAGAAAUUAUUAUUUAUGCUUGUCCCAUGACAGGAAAAAUGUAUACUUUUGGCUCUAAAGGGACUGUUACGCUGGAGAAACAAUUUUCAACAAGCAGAGCACCAUACCUACACCAAAUGACUAUCAAGGAUUUAGAUGUUGAUGAUAACCAAGAAAAUAUGAUGACAAACCUGGAAGAGAUUUUCCCUGCUGGUUGUGACAUCUUUAUGUUGGGCAAUCCUCACUAUGGAGCCCAAGGGAAGGUCAGGGAGAUACUAGUGAAUGAUUGUAGAUUGAGAAUUGCUUUGGAAGUGAAACAAGAGCCAGAUUUUAGAAACCUGGGCUUAUCUGGCAACUCAGAAGUCUAUUUCAGUAACAAUAAGGCUGGUCAGCAAAUUGGUGUUGAUGGUCACACCAUGUCUAGAAUCACUGGCUCAGUUUUCAUUGAGAGAUCGGGUGGUGGGAGCAAGGCCAACAUAGGCUUGAACCUAAAGUUUACUAAGAGGUGUGAGGAAGUGCCUGGUUACACAAGAAGACUGGAGGAUGGCUGGGGAUACAGUUAUAAAUGUGUGAAAAUUGUGGAGGAUUACAUUAACAGUUUCCCAGAUGUUUGGAUUAAAGUUCAACAACAAAAAGCAAAUACUGAUGUGUACACCGAAGAUAGUUUAUUUCCUCAGGGCAGUAAAAGUAAAUUGGCUGAUGUGUUGAAAUACCUUGAGGAACUGCCUUGCAGUAAAGCCCCACAUGUCAAGUUUGGCAGUCAAGUCUUGUCUGAGGACAGCAUCAAGGAGAUAGAGGAGAUGACAAAAACUUUUAAUCUCCAGGCUGCUUUGAAUCCUGUACCAGACAUUGUGAAAAUGAAAGUCAAACCAAGAUGUGUCUUUAGACCUUUGGUUAAUCAAGGUACACUAGUUCCUGACCCAGCUGCAGAUUUUCAACUUUAUGAUAGAAUUGUUGUAGUUAAAAUAGGUUACUCUGUCCCAUUUGGCAAAAGAGGAACAAUUACUGGCAUCCCCAAUGAGGAGGAAGGUGGCUUAACACCAAACAGUCUGUAUGAUGUUGUGUUUGAUGAACCUUUUUCAGGAGGAAUAACUCUGAGAUGUUCAUCAAAUAAAGGCUACCGUGUACCAGGCUCUGCAAUGCUUAAUUUAACUUAUGGAGAAUUCCGGAAAAAUGUGAGCAUAGAUCAAAGAAUUGCUGCUGCACAAGCUGGUGCAAGGAAGCAGACUUUCAAUGCCACUAGUAGCAGUGGAAAGGUUCAAACUAGCUUCAACAAUAAUGGUGCAUUUGGAUCUCAUCAUUCUGAUAGAACAGCAUUAUGGAAACAGCAGCAACAACCAGCUUCAAGCUAUCAAAGAAACCAAUCAAUGGGACAGACAGUGCAGUGGGCAAAUGGUCAGCCUUUGUUUGGCCAAGUUUUUGCAAUGCAGAAUCAACCUGGGUUGAAAGUGGAGCCCAAAUUUGUGACUCCUAAAGUUCAGAGUCCAAAACAACCAACAAGACUAAUACAAACUAAACAGCAGGACAACUCAGGAGUUGAGGUAGAAAAUAUGGAAUUUGACAGUCUUUGGAAAAAUUUGCAGUCACAUAAGCAGUCUACUCAAGGAAGGAAAAGCACAGAGCUGUUACCCAAACUUCCUCCAUCUCUAGCACAAUAUCCAAAACAACAAAGUGUAGCAUCAAGCUCCACUUCUACUUAUUACUCGUCAGCACAGAAGCAGCAACAGAUCAGUCCUUCAGUGAGUCAAGCUUCCUCCCAUAAUAAUUUUACGCAAUCCCAGCGUCAAGCAAGUCCAUCAGUGACUUCAUUAAAUAAUCAGCAGCAGACAGUCUCAACCUCAGUUUGUAUGACACAGUCAAUGACACACCCUACUUCCAGUACAUCAGUGUCUCUCCAAAGUUUAUUUCAAAACACAAGUACCAGCAACUCAGCCAGAGAUCAACAACAAGUGGCAGAGAACUCAGAAUUUUUAGCAAUGUUCAACUCCUUGAAGGUUCAAGCUGCAAGUGUGAAGGCUCCUACACCAACACAAGUAGUAGAAGGUGAAAAUAAAUCUUUGGCUGAUGCUGCACUUAAACAGUUGUUAAAGAUUGGAGUAGAUACACCCAUUGUAAGCUCAACUCCACCUGAGACACCACAGACUUUAAGUGUUUCCACCUCUGGUGUGUCCUCUUCCCAAGCAUCUCUUUCAUCCCCAGGAGGAAACACUUAUAUGAGACAAGUUUCACUGCAAGAGUUAUUUGAAGAAGCCAACAAACAUAAACAACAAAGUGUGAUACAGUCAAGUCAGCCACCCCCCACUAGUGUGAAAGAAAACAAAGAUCCAAUAGCUGAUCUAGAAGCUUUUUGUAAAACAAAUCUAAAUCAAGGAACACCACAGUACGAUUACAAAAUUCAAAUUAAACAGAAUGCAUACAUAGCCAAUGUAAUUCUACCCAAUGGUCAACGCUAUGAGGGGUCAUUGUGUAAAACCAAAGAAGAAGCAGCCAAAAGUGCAGCCAGCAUGGCGUUGCUGUGUUUGAAUAGCAAACCUAACCAUCCCAUGCUACCUGGAUUUUUACCUGGAGCACAGCGACCUGGCAUGAAUGCUUUCUUUUCCAACAACUCAGCUUUUAGUCCCAUAAGUCUUCCUGGCUCAGGCCCAGGAUUAUUGCUACGUCCCCAGCAGAUGACUGGGCAGAUGUUGUUGACCCCACAACAUUUCAUCAACCAGCCCCCUCCAAAUCUUAGUCUUCACCAUUUGUUCCAACAAUCUCAGCAGAUGUCUUUCCAGAACCCUGGACACAUGGCACAGACUUUGCCACCCAGGCAUCCUCAACCGAUAGGACUAAAUCCUUGCUCAUUACCUGGCCAAGCUAAUCAAGCUUACUCUGCUGCAAUUGUGAGCCAAUCAACAACUGGGAACUCUGCGACUGUUCAGGCUGGCUCUUCUAUGACUAGUUCAACAUCUUCCAGUCAACAAUUUAUACCACUUCAGGUCUCAAGAAAUCAAAAACAUCCAAAUAAAAGAAAAGAGAGCGAAUCAGAAUCUGAAAGUAAAAAGGAUAAUGCUCCUAAGGAUAAUGCUCCUAAUUCUACCAUCAGUGAACCAUAUAGAGAAAAAAAUAGUGAAACAGUUGUAGCAAAAACAGAGACGGUGAAGAGCACAGAGGUUAGUGGCCCUAUAUCUGCUAGUACAGCCUUAAACAAAGCCAAUGGAGCUGUUAAAGAACCUGCCCAAGCAUCUGCCAUGCCAGUGAUAUGUCCUACUCCAUCAGCCAAAACAACUGAUAAGAAGAGAAAGUCUCGUUUGGCUGCUAAAUUUAACAAGAAAAUCAACGAAAGUUAGUUCUAAGAAAAUUUAGUUCUUUAACUUGAACAGUUAUUAUUACUCAGUUUAUCCAUUACAUGUCUAUUUUUUUAAACACCUGGAUUUUUAAAAAUAAUCUAAACUAUAAGGAUUUUUAGUACUGAUAGUACCAGUAAAAUGAAUUUAAUAAGUCAUUGUUAAAUUAGUUAGUGAUUUGACUGUACUUGAACAUGGAAUAACUUAUGUAGCUUAGCCAUAUUGGUUCUAUCAAUUGUUACUAAGCAAACUAGUUUGUUUGACAAGAAACUUGUAGCCUCAAAUCUUGUUUUAAGUAGACUGAUCAUGUUGAGUUUUUAGUAGUGCAACACUAAUGGUCAAUGUUUGAGUUUUAUCAAUUUCUUUUUAAUUACUGUGCUAUGAAUUGAGGUAUUUGGGUAAUAAUUUGUUAUUAACAAACAUUGACACUGACCAGAACAGUGUUUACAGCUGACAUUAUUUGUAAACUUUUGUUGUUUUUUUUAAAAUAGAAAUCAAUUAAUCACUGAUUUAAAAGGUUUUAGUGCAUAACAUUGUUGGGACAGAUACAAAGCUACAUAGGUGUUACAUAUUUGCUUUUGCUUCAUCCUAAGAGAAGAAAUAGGGCCAAAGACUUUAACACCUUAAUCUAAAUUGUGUCUAUUUGUGUGAGCCAUUGAUAAAGAUAAUAUCUUCAAUUGAAAUAUUUGAUAUCAAGAUAUUGUCUAAAGCGAUGGUGAUAAUGUACAUGUAUUUAUCUGUAUGUUUUUUGAUGAAGUGACCUUGUUUUAAAGAAUUGUUUUAUUUAAUUCUAUCAUUUUUUUAAAUUGAAAUUGGAAUCGGCUACACUAGGGCAGGUAUUUACAUUAAGUUAACUAUUUUUUUUUGUGUUUUGUUGUUUUGAAAGAAGUUAACUGAGCACACUGUUGCACAUUUCUUGUUUGUUUAAACCUUAUGACUGUUUCAUUGUAUACAAUAUUACUAGAAUAUCAUGCCCCUUGUUCUCAAAGCUAGAAUGUACUGUCAUUUUGAAGUUGAUUAGUCAACUUGUGAACAUUGCUAAUUCAAAAAAUAAAUUAAGAACCACAUAGCAGAGGAGCAUCACAUCAUUGGUAUUAAAAGUAGAAUUUGCUUCAACCAACGUAUGUCUUUGCUUUCAUUUAUUAUCACCAUCUGAAUGACAGUACAACUAAAAUGAAACUUUGAUGUUGCAGCUUUGUGUGUGGCAUGAAGUCACUAAACUAUUUUCAAUCUUUAAGUUCUGAGGUAAUUAUCUAGAAUUACAUCCACAUUGAAACCCAUACCAUGAUAUUGUAUAGAUCUAGUUGGUUUCAAAACUUUUUUGACUAAAGAGGAAUUGUUUGAAUUACAUCAAUGUAAUCCUAUGUGUGUAGGCUGUUAUUGUUUGGAAAGAAAUAUGUACAUAGAACAUUAAAAUGUUCAUUUGAAAUGGCAUAAAAAAAA